UAGAAUUGACUGUGUGUCGGAGGUCACACAGACCUUCUUGGAGUGGAUAGUUGUGAGGAAACCUACAGGGGGGUUUGUGGAAAUGAAGUUCGCGAAUCAGGAAACGCCAUUUUGCAACAAAUGCCUCUGGUGGUUUCAUGAUGAGUUCGAUUCGGAAUGCCCCAGGUCUUGCGAACCCAUGCCAGAGGGGAGAGGCGGUAGACGAGGCAGAGGGAGAGGAGCGAGAGGUCGAGGAAGCGGAGGCGGCCAGAGAGGAGUGCAAGCAAGAAAGUUUGCAGACGCGCCCCGAACCGGCAGGGAUCUCGGCGCAGCAGGGUCAAGAUACAACACAUCUGUCCUAUGUGGCUAUCAGAAUUAAUCCCGAGUUUGCGGUGGAAAAUCGUGAAGAUGAGGUUGCGGCUCUGGCAUUGAUUGGCACAAGAGAAAUAAACCUGGAGAGGAAUAGUGGUAGGGGUGGAGAAGGUAAUGGUGGUGGAAACAAUGAUUGUAGGGCAAAGGUGGCGGAGCUUCCGACGGCUAAUCGUGGGGAAAGGAGGGGUCUGCCGGAUCAAAUAAUGUGUGAUCCAGGCAACAGGUCCUCGCUGUUGUUCCCAAUUAAAACAAGAAGGGUGGGGGAAGCUGGAAAUGCAGAACCUACCAGGGAAGGGGAGGAUGGAGAAGGAGAAGAGGAGUUCUUCAAUAUUGCAUCACCACCAACUCAACGGGGGAAGCCAAGCGAAGAGCGGGAUCCGAGACAGAGAGGUAAACCGCCUGCGUCAUCCUCACGACAGGGGGGUCACCAAGGUACCCACCAUGUGGUCCUGGUGUGUUCGUCAUUAGCCCCCCAGGGGACUAAAAUAAUGGUGGGCAAAUCAGAACGAGGUGGCUUUGCUCUCCCGGCUAUUCAAGUGAACGAGUUCCCGAACUCCAAGGAAUCGGUCAGGGCAGCUGCAUUGAAGUUUGCGGCAGGGCGUUUCCCGCUCAGGUUAAUUUUGGGGAUAAGGAUUGGCCGUAAGACCGAGGAAGCAGAGGGAGGAGCGGUACUCCACUUCCACAUAGCCAUGGUGGAUGUCAAGAUAUCGAUGGAAGUUGCAACAGCCCUAGAGACUGAAGGAGUACAGUGGGUACCGCCACAGUGGUUUGACUCCAGGACUUCGUCUGAAGCUGCCAAAGUCCAGUUAGGUGGAGAGGUUAAAGCAGAAAUUGUGUCAACAUUAUGUGGAUCAAUCCCAGCUGACAAGCAGCCCUGGACUAUAUCCUUCAGGAACCUGCUGACGCAACCUUGGGAAGCCCAGCCGGAAGGAGAAGGUCGUAGGAGAAAGGGCAGCAGCAAAGCAGGUGCAGAUGAUAUGCGGAUCCAACAAGCAGCCGCGCCAGCAACCAAUGGGACAAAGGGAGGAACCGCUAUCUUGAUCCACAACAGCUUGGAUGUGGAAUUCCUAGAGAGUGAGUAUGAUGUUUGGGGACAGUGGGUGUGGGUGCGCCUCCGCCUGGCUGGACAGAUAUGGGUUCUAAUGUCGAUUUAUGCCCCCGCCAUCCCAGGAGAUCGCAGAUCCUUCUUCAGGGAUUUACCGAAUGUAAUCCCUGAGGCUGACCACAUGGUUAUUGCAAGGGAUCUUAAUACAGUUAUGAGCCCCGGAUUGGACUCCCCUAUCUCUCGAGCAAGGAAGGAAGAUGCAGUCCUGUUGGAACAGCUAAUGGCUACUUACGAGCUGACGGACUCCUAUCGAAGUAUCCACCCUGAAGCACAGGAUUAUACGUGGCACUCGGCCCAGAGCAGUGGGAACACAACACCCCCUAAGCGCAGAUUAGACUUGGUACUGACAAAGGGGGAGGCCUGGGACGCAUUAUCAGAGGUGGAGAUUGUGCCACAUCCUAUGUCAGACCACUGGCCUAUAAAAGCGGUGUUCAGAGUAGGUACGAAUAGCCGGAAGGAAAGAGGAUAUUUUCGGUUAAAUACCGAAAAUUUGAAAAAUUCGGCACUUAUUGAAUGGUGUAACAGGCACUGGGAAGAUUGGGAGAAAACAAGGGAGUGGUUCAGCUCGGAAGAGGAGUGGGUACAAGUCGGUUUCCGAAUGGUGACCAAGGUGUUGGACAUCUUUUCCAGGAUCCUAGCUAAAGAAAGACGAAGGGAGGAAGAAAACUGCAGAAGAAUGGUGCAGGAGGCGGAACAACAGAUUGGCAAAGACCCGUACACAGACAGGUACUGGGAACACCGCAGGGAUAAGUGGCUGGACAAAUGGGAACGGUGGCAGGUAGAACAGCAAGAGGUCAGGGCAAGAAGGGCCAAGGAACGCGGUAUGGCGCAGUUGGAUCGUAUGACGAAGGAUACCUUUAAGAAGUUGUGUCCCCCCCGGUCACAUGGGAUCAUUCGGGCGCUGAAACAUCCGUUCAACGCACAGGCAGACCUGGCGGAGGACACAGAGACCAUGGUCGAUUAUGCGAUGGCAUACUACAGCGAUAUUUUGACUUCAAGAAGGCCUCCAACAGAGUCAUUGGCAGAAAUGAGGCAAGAGGUGGACUUGUGGAAAAACACAGACAAAAGGUUAGAGGUGCAUCAACGACAGUCUUUGGACCGCCCGUUAUCUCUGCAGGAACUUCAGGAAACGGUGAAGAGCAUGGCAAAGGGGAAGACUCCAAGGAACGAUGGGUUACCGGUGGAAUUCUACGAACCAACCAGGGAACAGGGAGCAGAGCCAGUGAAACAUGCUUGGUACAAAGAGGCCAGAACGGCUGGAGGAGUGACCCCCUGUUACAGGGUGGAGGAACAAUUGGAGGAAGGAGAGUGGAGAGUCUCUAGAUGGGACACACACCCUCUGGAAAGGGUAGAAGGUUCUUACCAGAGAGACAAUGGAUGGUACCAGGCACGUCAGCGUUUGGAGUACCUGGAAGGCACGGUUGCCGCCAUCAAGAUUCGAUAUGAUGCCGAUGUUGAACGUGAAAAGACAAAACAGGCUGAAGAUGAGAAAGCUAAGAAGGAUCAGGAGGAUGAUGAAAGGAGGGCUAAGGACAGAAAGGAGCGGGAGGAUUUUCAGAGGCAGCUGACCGAGUCUAUGAAUAGUAAGCUAGAUGCGGUUUGCUUGGCACUCUCGGGUAAGAAGUUGGAGGAUAUGCAUGCUCCGCGUAAGGAAGCGGUUCCUCCUGGCGGGGCAGUACAUACUUCUGUCUCGCACAACAAUGAUGAUAUAUUGGCCAGAUUGAUGACGGAUCAGGAGAGGAUGAAGAUCCAGCUUGAUGAAGCACUGGCCGCAAGGCGGCGGAUGGAGACCUUGGAGAAAGAAAUGACGACAAUUCGACUCGCUAGGGAUGAGGCACGUGCCGAAGCUGAAGCUUGGAGGCAGGAGGCUAUUCGGCCUGGUUCCAAACGUGGUUGUAUAGCGCUUUCUACUCCGACUUCUCAGGCUACUACUCUUCCACGUCAGACUCCUGCCAAGGCUCCUACUGUUCGGGUUGAGUACAAGGAUCUGAAGCAUAUGCAUCAGCUCAAGGUCGAUACACUCCAGGAGAUGAGGCUGCGAGAGCUGAACACUAGGAGGGAAGCAGAGCAAGAGCUUGAGUUGGCCAAUGAAAGAAUUGCGCAGCUGGAGGCAGAGAAGGCUAGCAAGACACCGCUAUCGAAAUUCAGGGUUCGAUUGGAUGAAACGGGUGUGAAGAGUUCUGCCAAAGGAAAGAAGAAGAUUGCUGAAGAGCCGACGACUAAGCUGAAUGAUCGGGAAGCUUUCAUUAAGGAGACACGAAAAUCUUUGCCAGUAACGAAGGAUAAGCUGACGACAAUUUGCAUCCAAGAAGGCAUCAAGUAUACUACUAUUCGGCAAACUAUUAACGAGAUUGUGGCAAAAAGGGUGUUGGAAGCCUUUCCUCCGGUCAAAGAUAACCCGGUGGCUGAUGUUUCGGAGGACUUCGGUGGCGAUGGUUCUGCCAGUGCCGGUGAUGACUCCGCAACAUCUUAGGGUCUCUCCCGGACGUGGCUGAUCUAUGGUCACUUGCACAGCGUUCUUGUAAAUUGAGAUUUUCCUCUACUUCUCGUCUUUGAUGCCAAGCGCUGAAUUCUUUCUUCCAAGUUGUGGUAAUUGCGCUAAUCCUCCGAGGAUGUAUCCCUUAGGCUUCGAAGUUUGUUGGAUGUAUUGUUGACUCAUGGCAUGCUGGGAAUGACUACAAUAAAGGUCCGUUGGUAUA